AGCAUAACCCGACAGUCUGACAGUGUCCGAAACCUUCUCCUCCGCUUCCGCAGUUCCGCUUCAGCUUGCGCGUCGCCACGGCACUCCCCGCUGCUCUCAGUCCCCAACCCCAGCGCGGAAGGCAGAGCUGACUACCAUUUCCGUUCCCACGAAUGCUCCCGUGACUACCACCCCGCUCCAGGUAGCAAAGCUGCGGCCGGCGAGGGAGGUAAUAGGGUUUUUUUGGUCUCUGCGACUACGACGCCGGCAUGGGCUACCACCACCUCCUACUCUCGCCGUCGGUGGCGCAGCCGCCCCGUCCCGCCCUUCUCCCUCCACCCCGCGGCCGCCGCGGCAGCGGCGUCGGGCGGGCCACCGCAGUAUUUGCCUCGGCGUCCAGCACCGCUCGCUCCCCCGCUGCGGACGACGCCACGCGGAGGAGGGCCGUGCUCCUGGUCGGCGUCUCGGUGCUCCCGCUCCUCCGCCUCCGCGACGCCGCGGCGGCGGCGGCCAGGGCGCAGCUCUCCUCGGUUGAUCUCGUCACUGAUAGAACAGAUAUUCAAAAGGCUGAUGUAACUCAGCCUGAGGAGCCUUGGGAAGAACUACAUCAACCUGAUGAGCAAGGACAACCAGCAAGAAAUCCACUUGCAGGUCUCCUAAAUGCAAUUGCAGUUAUUGCUUCUGGUGUUUUCGCUGGACUUCUUGGUACUUCUCAACAAGAAAAGAAGGCUUUGCAAUCGACCAUCUCAUCUAUGGAGACCAAAUUGGUUGAAAACGAGGCAGCAAUGUCGAUGCUAAGGGAAAACUAUGAGAAAAGAAUAUUGGAUGAACAAGUAAAACUGAAGAAAGAAGCUAGAAAGUUUCAGGAGGAGGAAGCCUUCCUGCAAGAUCAGUUGGCUUCAUCUAGAAGAACCGUAACAUCUUUAACUGAGGAAGUUCAAAGGGAGAAGGAGCUAGUAGAGCAGCUUAACCUUGAGAUAGAUCGACUUAAGAGCAGUAUUGCAGAAGCAGAGGAAGACAAACAUUUGUCUGAAGGCAAAUUGAAGGAAAAUAUGGAAGUGCUUGAUAUUUUGUAUGGCAAGGUAAAUCUGCUUAGCCAAGAGGUAAAUGGCAAGGACGAACACAUCAGGGAGCUGAGCUCAUCACUUUCUGCCAAGGAAAAGGACUACGAGAACCUAAAUGUGAUCUGCAAUCAAGCCAAAGAGGACCUAGAGCAGGCAAAUUCCCAAAUAAAGCAAGUGGAGAAAGAUGUUCGUACAGCUAAAGAUGAUCUCAAAUCGAAGGCGUCACUUAUUAACUCACUGAAUGAGAAAGUUCAAACAUUAUACACUGAAAAGGGUGAAGUGGAAGAAAAACUAAGUGCUCUAGUGAGUCAGUAUACAUACCUGAAAUCUGCUUCUGAAGAGAGGGCUUCUCACGAUUCUGAACUAUUAGUUCAGAAAGAUGAUAUGCUCAAUCAGCUUGAAGAAAAACUUUCUGCUGCAUUAAGUGACUCUAGCAAAGACAGAACUCGAAUUGCCGAGUUGAACAAUGAAUUGGUCACCACCAGAACAAUACUAGAUAAUGAAGUUGUUGCCAAUAAAAAAUUGUCAGACCUUGUUCAGUUCACUGAAGAGGCACUAACAGGUUCCAGAAAUGAGGUGUUUAAACUCUCUGAAGAGCUUGACGCAGUAAAGAGAUCAAAUCAGGAUUUGAUGACUCAGAUUUCAAAACUAACAGAUGAGGCCAGUGAAGUGAGGCAGGCUCUGGCUAACAAAAUAGAGCAGGCAGAGUCAGUUUAUGCAACUCUUUCAGAUGAGCUGGCGUCUGUAAGGGAAGUACUUAAAAAGUCAGAAGGAGAACUCGAGAUCACCUCGAAGCAGUUAGUUUUGGUUUCAGAAGCACAUAGUGACCUUAAUAAAGAAUUGCUGGAUGCAUAUAAGCAGUUAGAGUCCACGCAAAGUGAGCUAGUGAAAGAGCGUAAAAUCAAUGCUACUCUUAACAUGGAGCUUGAGGCUUUGGUGAAACAAUCAGUGAUAGAGUCCGAAGCAAGAAAAACUCUUCAAGUCGACUUGGAUGAGGCCACUAGAUCACUAAAUGAGGUGAAUAAGAGUACACUCUGUCUGUCUAAGCAGCUGGAAACAACUAAUUCCAAGAUUUCUGCUAUUAAAGAGGAGAAAGAUAUGCUGUCAAAGUUCCUUGAGGAACAAAAGAAAAGUACGGUUGAAGCUCAGGAAAACAUGGAGGAUGCUCAGAAUACCAUAAAAAGGCUUGGGACUGAGAGGGAGAGUUUUGAAGUAAGGUCUAAGAAACUUGAAGAAGAGUUGGCCACAGCGAAAGGUGAGAUAUUGCGUUUGAGGAGACAUAUUAGUACAGGUGGGUCUCCGAACACCCAAGUUCUUUCGGAAGCAGGUGCAGCGCCAAUUAGCAGUCGAGCACUGAAACAGCAACCCAUGAAUGAUCAUGUUCAAAAUAUCAAUGGUGCUGAUGCUGUAGCGUCACGUUCGCCUAAACGGAUUUAUAGGAGGAAACGCAAACCAGCAGCAUAAGGAUUAUCUGAAUGCCAAGGGGCUAGUUUGGGAACUCCAUUUUUCCAAGGAUUUUUAAUUUCUCAAGGAAAAAUGAACUAAUUUCUCUUGAAAAAAAAAUUCCUUGAAAAAAUAGGGUUCACAAACUAGCCUUAAAAGCAAAAGCUGGCGUUCUUUUUAUUCCUCUAUUAUUCACCUUGUUAUAACAUCUUGUGAACUCCCAUUCUUCGAAAGGUAGACCUCCUUACAGUAUUAUCUUCGGUGGUGCUGGCUCUUCCGCGCAUCCCUACUGAAACCGAGAACCUUAUGUAGUCACAUACGGUUUGAUGGGAUUUAGAAUCCAUGUUACCGUGUGACCUGUGUACACCUUUAACUGAGUUGGUUAGAUGAUCUAAGUAGCAUUAAUGGGUACAAAACAAUUUUUUUGAGGAUCGACUCAGCCGAAACUGCUUUGGCCGUUUCUUAAAACCGGCCAGGCUGGAGUAGUGAAAUUUCAACUUUCUCAUUGUAUUCGUUUUGUCAAAUUGAUUGAAAAAACCAUCUCGUUUGGAGUUCAGAAGAGUUAACGGUGAUUUUU